GAGCCGUAUGGAGCUGUGGGGCUGGGACAUUCCUUGUUUGACGACCAGCUUCUCCGCUGCCAUGAUUUGCUGAGCAAUUCGACACUGGCUUCAAAGAUGCGUGUGUGGAAGAGGCAGCGGUAGAGAGACGGAGACCGAAACCUGGGGGAGACGUUAUAAUAACGGGUACACAGACAGACAGAGAAAGUGAGAUAGUGUGGGGACGUAACGCUUUUAUCCAAUACGAGGACUUCAAACUUCCCAGAAGAAAAGUCUUCACUACCUCAACUCGAGUUCAAACCAGGGGGAGUUGUCGCACCUUGGCCCCGAAGCCUGCGCUGCUCUGCGGGUCUACAAAACUCUCUUUCACCCUCUCCACCUCCGGCUGUUUUCAUGUUCCUCCCGUCGUCUCGCACUUUGAGCCCGUGUCUAAUGGAGGGCCCCGUACGGAUUUGCCUCCAGAAGAAUGCGUUUUGCUGCUAAUUCACCCGACGGCUCGCAGCUUUUGCCCUCCUGCACGAGAGGUUUGCUGAACAGACGAGGGCGUGCGUGCCGGGCAACACGGCUGCUGGCAGGGGUCAGAGUGCACCAUGGACAGUGGCCUCAGGGUCCUCUUGUCCACUGUGCUGUGUCUCAGCCAGGCCCUGCUCAUCGCCUGCUCAUCUCAGUAUCCCUCUUUCCGCUCUGAGCCUGCCUCCGUGGUCCAGAGUCCAGGCUCUGUUGCUCGUCUGCUCUGCUUAGUAAGCCCUCCAUCAGCGUCGGUUUCCUGGCGCUUCAGAGGCCGUCCCCUGGACCGGGACAACCUCUCCGGUGUGGAGCUCAACCAGGGUUCCCUCACCAUCUCCUCCCUUAAGCCCAGCCACGUUGGCGUCUAUCAGUGCGUGGCACGCUUAGACCAUGGGCCGGCCAUCGCCAGCCGCCACGCGCACGUGGCCAUAGCAGAAAUCUCAGAAUAUGAAGAUGGCCGACGGCGGUCGUUGUCGGUGCAGGAAGGCAGCUCUGUUCUUAUAGAGUGUCCUCUACCGCACAGCGUCCCUCCAGCUCGUCCGAGGCUGAGAGCACGAGGGGAGCGGAUAGAAGUGUCAACAGAUGACUAUGUAGUUCUUCCGUCUGGAAACCUCCAGAUUCUCUCUGUUUCAGCCCGGCACCAGGGCAUGUAUAAAUGUGGUGCGUUCAACCCUGUUACUGGGGAAACCGUCAUGCAGCCUCAUGGCACUAAGCUGUCGGUGAAACAUUCAGACUCCUCCCCCCCAGUGCGGAUAGUUUACCCCACCGUCCCAGUGACUGUUUCAGUGCAGCGGUCCCAGCCGCUGACGUUGGAGUGUGUCGUGUCUGGUAGUCCUGCACCAGCAGCGACGUGGUUUAAGAACGGUAAGGAGGUCCCACCGGGGCCUUCUCACCAACGACAGCACAGCAACCUGGCCUUUGUUUCGGUGAUGAGGAGCGAUGAAGGGAGUUACACCUGUGCUGCUGAGAGCACGCAAGGGACUGUGAUCAGCGCAAACUAUACUGUCAAUGUUCUCGAGCCUGUGUCUAUCACAGAGGGCUUGACCAACCAGCUGGUUUCUCCCGGCUCCUCCACCCGUUUUACCUGCGCAGCAACAGGAAACCCUUCCCCAAACAUCACCUGGCUGUUCAACGCCAACCCCGUCACCCCAUCACAUCGCUUUCAGAUCUCUGGAUCCUCGCUUGUCAUUGCACAUGUGACACCACAGGAUGAGGGCGUGUUCCAGUGUCUGCUGGACAACGGGAUUGGCUCGGCACAGUCAUGUGGAAUCCUUACCACGCUAACAGAUGUGCGGCCGGGCUCCACUGCUGGCGUGCUGCUGGAGGCUUCCCCAUCGCUCCACCCCAUGCAGAGCGACGAGGGCCACGAGCGCUUCCUGACCGAAGACGACGGCGGCGGCGGCGACGCCGUCAACCUGCCGGUCGACAGGAGCAGCGAGCGGCCCACUCCGGAGGCGCCGAUCAUCACCAGCCCGCCACAGACCCACAAGCCCGAUAUUUACGACCUGGAGUGGAGGGCGGGGCGGGAUGGCGGGAGUCCAAUCAACGCCUAUUUUGUCAAAUACCGUAAGGUUGAUGAAAUGGGAACAGUGGUGGGGAGUUGGCAUACAGUUCGUGUCCCUGGCAGCGAGAAGACCCUGCGGCUGUCAGAGCUGGAGUCCUCCAGUCUCUACGAGGUGCUGAUGGUGGCCCGGAGUUCAGCCGGCGAGGGCCAGCCCGCCAUGCUCACCUUCCGCACCGGCAAGGAGAAGAGCAACACCUCCAACAAGAAUCCGUCCAACCCUCCCGUCAUCUCCGUGCCUCCCAAAGCUCCAGAAGACAAAAGCGCCAACACACACUUUGGUGUGGUCAUACACGACAGAGUGCCUGAAGCCCCCGACCGCCCCACCAUCUCCAUGGCGACUGAAAGUUCGGUGUAUGUCACCUGGAUCCCGAGAGCCAACGGUGGGUCGCCGAUCACAGCUUUCCGUGUGGAGUACAGACGCGGGCGCAGUGCCGAGUGGGUUGUGGCUGCGGAUAACAUCUCACCUCUUAAACUGUCCGUGGAAGUCCGUAAUCUGGAGCCUGGUUCCUCCAAUAAGUUUCGUGUCGUAGCCAUGAACAUGUACGGAGAGAGUCCUCACAGCAUUCCCUCCACCUAUCAGGUGCCACAGGCCAGCCCGCGCAUCGCAGACCGUCCCGUGGUCGGCCCCCACAUCUCAUCCACCGACGCAAUCAGCGACACGCAGAUCAUGCUGCGCUGGACUUAUAGUCCCUCAAGUAACAACAACACCCCGAUCCAAGGCUUCUACAUUUACUACCGGCCCACGGACAGCGACAACGACAGUGACUACAAAAGAGACGUGGUCGACGGUGUAAAACACUGGCACAUGAUUGGACACCUCCAGCCUGAGACCUCCUACGAUAUCAAGAUGCAGUGCUUCAACGACGGAGGAGAGAGCGAAUACAGCAACGUCAUGAUCUGCGAGACCAAAGCACGUCAGUCCCCAGGGUCGCCCAGCCAGCACCCCAUCACCCCACCCUACCCCCACCCGCAGGAGCCACCCAGCCCACCUGGAGGACUGCUGUACCUGAUUGUGGGCUGUGUUUUGGGAGUGAUGGUGCUCAUCCUGCUGGCUUUUAUCGCCAUGUGUCUGUGGAGGAAUCGCCAGCAGAACAACAUGCACAAGUACGACCCUCCCGGGUACCUGUACCAGCCAGCGGAGAUGAAUGGCCAUGUCCUGGAGUACACCACUCUGUCUGGCACCGGCCGCAUCAACGGGGGCGUCCACGGGGGAUACAGCCACAACGGGCCCAUGUUAUCCCAAGGGUGCCAUCACCUUCACCACAAACUCCCCAACGGCUUGGCGCUGCUCAACAGCUCCGGCAGCCUGUUCUCACCCGGCCACCCACACAGCCACGAUGGCACCCUGCCCCACAGCACGCGGGACUGCGAGCACCCGCACCCCCACCACCACCAUAACGGCGGAGGCAUGUACACAGCUCUUCCCCAAAAAGAGUCGUCUGACUGCAUGAGCUGUCAGAACCUCUGCAACAACAACAGAUGUUACAACAAGACCAAUGGCACUUUCUCCAGCGGCACUCUGCCCGUAAUGCAUCGCGUGGCGCCGCGCCAGCAGGACGGUCUGGAGAUGGUGCCCCUGCCUUCCUCGCAGUGCCACGGCCCCGACGGCCAUCUGCUCUCUGGGGACCCGGGGGCCGACGCAGGGGGCCGGCCAGACGAGCACCGCGAGUCCUCGCCCUCGCAGCAUUCCUGCUGUCUGGUCGGGAGCAAUGACAACUGUCCAGCAGACAACACUGCUGAAGAGGAGCUGGAGUGUGUGGACACGGAGGGGCCUGUGGUGUGCUGGGAGAGUCUCGGCCUGUCAGACUUGGACUGUGACGAAAAGCCCGGGUGGAUCUCCAGCAGCAGCCUGGCGGGCGAGCUGAUCCAGCCCGGCCCACAGGAGGUCUGAACCCAGCCCACACACACACACACACACACACACACACACUCCCCUGCAGCGCGGAGGCUUCAGAGGAACCAGGCUGAAAGACAGUGGUGGAGAUUUAUCACAGAGGAAGAGGACCGGCAAUGAGAUAGUCAGAGACACUGCAUGUUACGGUGACAAGGACACGAAACGUUGGACGGACUGAGCUGAGAUGAACAAAGUGUGAAAAAGAGCGACUGAGAGCGAAGCCGGAUGGAGAGAAACGGAAGGAAAACCUGCUCAAAGACAGAAACUACAGUACAUCCCACUGGAGGGAGGACUCUCACGAAAGAUCAAAAACUCUCCGAGAUGACUUAUUUAUUUUUUGUAGUAGUGAAAUAUUAUUUCAUACGAAUGUAUCUGUUUUAAAGUACAAAAAAAAAAGUUUGUCUUUUAUAUUAUUUAUGCCUUUUUGGAUGAGAAAUACUUUUUAUUUUUUGUUGUUUUUGUCCCUCUGUGUUCCACUCUAAAGUGUGGAGGUUAGCAAUGGUCUGUGUAAAGUUUUGUAAUAAUAUAAAGAGAAGAUAUGGAAGAGUAAAACAACAAGCUGUUUUCAA